AUGUUGAACCGCAUUGUACUUGCGGCCCUUGUGCCGGCCAUUAUGGCCAAGCCUAUCGCGCAACCGAGCGAACAGACGGCAACAAACGCAGCUCGUGCAACCACUGGAAGCGUCAUAUACCACGACAAUGCACCCAGGGUUAUAGCCAAUAUUGCGGACUACAACACAACCGGUAUGAUAGACGCCGCAGUUGAAAGCCACAAGGCUGGAAUGGCAAACAACGACGAGCCUGUACCUAGAAUAAAUGACCCAGUGAUGAGGGCCACGCGAACGCGGAUGGCUAAUCACCAACACACCCGACCGACCGCGAUCAACGCUGUACCGCACGUGGUCGAGAGACAGAUCGCUUUCAAUUCUACCAAGGCAUCUUCACUGUUCGGCAACCCACACCCAGGUUCUUCCUCCGCCAACUGGGCCGCUUCUUCGGCCGCUGCAGUAGCUUACGCAAGCGAUCUUGCUAACGCCAUAGCCGAGGAUCUCGCAUUAUUUCCCCCUCAAAAAAGGGAGCCCACGGUAACACCUACAUCUAGUAUGCGCCCAAGCACCAGCGGUUCUCCAACACACAGCUCGGCCAAGCCUGCGCGAACUUUUGCGAGCUGUGACUGCAUCAGCGAAUGCGCCGAUGAAGAUGGAAAAGCCACACAGAUGAUGUGCAUGGAAGACUGUUCCAAGUCAUGCGAUGGCGACGAUGACGGCAAAAAUAACAACUUGUUCACUUCUCUCCAAACAACUCUCAACCAAACGCUCGGCCUUAGAGAUAUCACUCCGAUCACCCACACCCAUGUUCACGAACCCAAGCCUGUCCACGAGGUCGCCGCAGGCGAAGAAGAGGAUUAUGAAGCCUGCAUGAACAGCUGCAAAACCCACAACUGUCAGCACUCCGAAGUUGGAAUUUCUCUAUCGCAAUGCGGCGAUACUUCCUGCGAAGAUGCAUGCGCAAAGCACAAGAAGGGCGGCGCUGACAAGGUUAUCUACAAGAAACACGUCGAACCCGUCCCUCACCGCACAGCCAAGACUCACCCUCCACCCAAAGCCGUCGCACCAGUUGAGGCCGGCGCAAAGGGAGAUGAAGAAUACGAAGCAUGCAUGAGCAAGUGCAGCACCCACAACUGCCAGAACUCUCAAGUCGGAAUUGACAUCUCCCAAUGUGGUGAUACAUCUUGCGCGGACUCUUGCGCCCAGUACAAAAAGACCAAGUCGAUGGAAGCUCACACCGCCAACGUAUUCGACAAGAAGAACGUCGUGCCCGUCGCCAACCACGUCCCACAAAGCCGCAAGCCAGUUCCCGCUAAAGCACACGCCCAUGCCCAUGCCCCCGCUGUCGAAGGUGCCGCCCAUAGCGAGGAAGACUACGAAGCCUGCGUGAGUAAAUGCAAGACGCACAACUGCCAACACUCCGAAGUCAGCAUCCGUUUAUCGCAAUGCGGUGACACCUCAUGCCACGAUUCCUGCGCAAAGAAACACAAAUCCGGUGCCGCCCAGAUCCACUCUGGCCCCAAAAACCCUGCACACGCUCCAGCCCACGCCCCCGUCCACGCGCGUGGCCGCGUCGGCGAUGACGUCAAAGCUGAAGCUAAGGGCGUGAAACCCGUUGCCGCUGGUGGCCACAAGGAAGACUAUCAAUCCUGCAUGUCUAAGUGCAGCACGCACAACUGCCAGCACUCUGAGGUCGGAAUCGACAUCUCGCAGUGCGGAAAGACGUCUUGCGAGGAUGACUGCGCUAAGUACAAGAACGAAGGAGAAUUCGAGGUCGAUGUUAAGAAGGAGCACCCACCGCCUGAUCCGCAUCUAAACAUCCCCGUCGACGCACCUAUCCCGGGACCGCACUCACGAACCAAGGCGAACACGGGUAAUGUACCUGCUGUAGCUGCGGUGCCCGAGGUCCCGCCUGUUAGAGAUCUGCCUAGUACCGAGGCGCAUAAGAGCACUGAGUACGAUAACUGCAUGCAGAAGUGCAAGACGCAUAACUGCCAGAAAGCGGAUAUCGGACUUGAGGUCUCGCAGUGUGGUGAUACGACUUGUGAAUCUGCUUGUGUCCAGUACAAAGCUGAUGCCGGUGGACAUGUUGGGCCUAGGGCGUAG